UGCUGUUUGUUGUAAUCACUGAGAUCAGUUGUUGUAUUUUAAAGUAUUGAAAGUUUAGUUAAAUAAUAGCCACCAAUAAUCAUGGUUAAAGAUGCUGAAAUGAAGGACGCUCAGGAAAAUAAUGAGGAAAAGAAGGAGGCGGCAAAUGAAGAGCUUUCUAAAGCCGAACUCGAAAAAUUGACACUUGAAGAUUUCAAAGAACAUGUUAAACAUGUCGAAAAGGGAGUAAACAGCAAAGAGCCACAUUUUGUUUUGAGAGUUCUGAGAUCUCUUCCAUCAACAAGAAAGAAACUUAACCAUCCUUUACUAAGAAAGCUCAUCACUGGAUAUUUUAUUCAAGCAUCACAAGCAAAAAAUGAGCUGCUGAAAUUCUUGGAUGAGCCUAUGGAAACUGAUGUGUCGAGCACAUAUCGACCAAGAACUGGAAAAGCUGCGACCACUCCUGUAUUACCAGAAGUCGAGUUUUACUUUCAUCUCCUGGUUGUUAUUCAUCUUAUUGAUACCGAGGCUUAUGAACAGGCAUUAAAGUGUUCGACGCUCCUCUUAAAAAAGUCCGAGCUACACAACAGACGGACUUUGGAUCUGAUUUUGGCUAAAUGCUUUUUCUACCACUCGCGAACGUAUGAGUUACUUGACCGUUUAGACCAAGUAAGAAGCUUUUUCCACACAAAAUUAAGAACGGCAACACUAAGACACAACAUAGAAGGACAGGCAACGCUGCUGAAUUUGUUGUUACGAAAUUAUCUCCACUACAAUUUAUAUGACCAGGCUGAUAAACUGGUUACAAAAUCAUCCUUCCCCGACACGGCGUCAAACAAUGAAUGGGCGAGAUACUUGUACUAUACUGGGAUAAUAAAGGCAAAGCAACUUGAGUAUACAGAAGCUCAUAAGAAUUUAAUCCAAGCUAUCCGGAAGGCCCCACAAUUUUCUGCUGUUGGAUUCAGGCAAAUUGCACAAAAGUUUGCAAUCAUUGUUGAAUUGCUUCUUGGUGAAAUUCCCGACAGGGCAACGUUCAGAGAUCCUGCACUGAAAAAGACCUUGCUUCCAUACUUUCAAUUGACCAAAGCUGUACUAGCCGGAGAUCUUGGCCAAUUCAACGAUGUUAUAAUGAAUUAUAAAGAUAAAUUUAUUGCAGAGAAAACGUAUACGCUAAUUAUCAGAUUACAUCACAACGUCAUCAAGACUGGUAUACGUAUGAUCAGCUUAUCAUACUCUAAGAUUUCCUUAGAAGAGAUCGCUGCGAAGCUACAGUUGGAUAGUCCGGAGGACGCCGAAUUUAUCGUAGCUAAAGCUAUAAGAGACGGUGUGAUUGAAGCGACAAUCGACCACGAAAAAGGAUAUGUUCAGUCAAAGGAAAUAACAGACAUUUAUUCAACUAACGAACCACAGGCAGCUUUUCAUCAAAGAAUUACAUUUUGUUUAGAUAUUCAUAACCAAUCUGUGAAGGCUAUGCGAUUUCCUCCGAAAUCUUACAAUAAGGAUUUAGAAUCUUUAGAGGAACAAAGAGAGCGAGAAAAACAAGAUCUUGAACUUGCUAAGGAAAUGGCGGACGAUGACGAAGAUUCAUUUCCGUGAACCUUUUAAGGGUGUAGCCUAUAUUAUGCUUCCAUAAUUAAAUCAUUUUAUCGUAAUUAUACUUUGUCCCCAAAAUAAAUUUGUUUAUUUUACAGCUAUAUCCUCCUACAGUACUAUUUGU